AUGGGUCAGAAGACCUUCUUUGCUCAACAAGAUGAUGCCUCCAAGCAACUGGCAAAGAACGGCUAUGUUUUUGGCGCUCAUGCGAAGGAGGAUGCUAUCAGACAGAAAGACAAAAGGAUACCCAAGACGAAGAAGAUGUAUUCCAGUGUUGUCCGUCGUUGGAUGGACUUCGUUGAACAAAAUGGGAUCAAGGGCUAUGAAUUUGGGCCAGGAUGUGCGACUCCAGACUAUGUGCUCCUCAAAGAAUUUUUCCGCUGGUAUGGUCAUACCGCGCGAGGCAAGAAAAGUAAGAAUGGAAGACCGGUGAUGACAUCGUUUCUGAAUUGUGCAGAAAGGCUGUUUGGUGGGUUUGAAGAAGAAUUGCAGAUCAAAAUUGUGAUGGAAGACAGGAGCGAGAUAUAUAAUUGGAUAAGGAGAACAUUAACAGGCAACGAAGGCUGGAUUGAGAAUGUUGAAGAUCCAGACCACAGUUUCACGAAGAAGGAUUUUCUCCGAGUGAUAUCAUCUAUAUGGAAAUCGGAUCAUCACCGAUUCAUCCCCGGAUUACUUAAGGCUAUCAUCACGCUAGCUCUUCAACUAUAUCUUUUUACCGGAGCAAGAAUUGGAGCGUUUAUACCAGCCCAUGAGGAUAAAGACAAAAGAGGCCUAAGAUAUAAGGACAUAGAGCUGGUGUUAUUUCCAUCCCCUACGGCCCCUUGGAAGGUCGAGUGGAAAGUCAAUCAAGUCUGGCUAAAGAAUAAUCGAAACCCAGACUACACUGUAUUUGGAAUUGGAAUCCGUGAUACUAAGAAACCACAGUUCGCAUCUGGCUAUGUCCUUCUAGCUAUUGCCCUUCAGCAUGGUGCCCUAUUUGGUAUCAAUACAGCGGAAGACCUAGCGAAGUACGAUCUUUCAGAUGGACGUCCAAUUCCAUUACGCUGGAAGGACGAGUAUCUGAAUAAGCCGGUGCUCAGAAAUGUCACGGCCGAUGGCCCACAAGAUGUCCCACUCACCAAGGAGCGGUUUUGUGAGAUACUGCGUGGAAGAGUCACUGCUGCUGGAUAUAGCGAGAGUUUGACUAUUCAUAAAGUUCGGAAAUUUCUGGGAAGUGUGAUUGAAGGAAAGCAUGGUUCUGCCUUGGUAUCGCAAAUAUACGGACACAAAGAUGCGGGAACAUAUCCUAAAGAUUAUGUGUUACACUGCUCUUCGAUCGAUACCGUCUCAGCCGUUCUAGGCGAGGAAGACCAGUCAAGUCACAUUGAGUAUUUCCAAGGAUGUGAAAAAUUUUAUGAGCGCGGACUUCCAGGGGAGCUGCCAGCAGAGGUGGAGGAAAAAAUCCUGCUAAAGCCAGAAAUGAUUGAGAUCAAAAGUCGGAUCGAGGAGCUUGAAGCUCUAGGCGACAAAAUAUCCGUAAAUGCGGAGAGACUGAAAUACAGAAAGACCUUGGUUCGAUUCCGCCUUUCUGAGCUGAAGAAAUACCAAAGCAGCUGGAUACGGGAGAGAAGAGACCAAAGAAUUCUCAACAAAGGGAAAGACGAGCCGGCACUUGAUGACGGUGACGUUUGCACACGGGUUCAAGCCUUGAUUAUGCCUGAUUUUGCGCGAAUUUCAACCUUGAUGAAUUUCGACGGCGAGCUUUCCUUCGAUGAAAUGCUCCUUUUUGUGGAAGACCUAAAAAAUCACUGUGAACGUGACUUUGAUGUGAUCUAUCUUCCACAAGAAAGCCCCGUUAAGGGUCGCUGCCCCGCUAAAGAUUGCAAUGAAGAGAUUACACGCCUGAAAAAAACCGAUAGGAGUACCCACAUUCACAACUGUGUUCGACGCGAGAUUGCUUUGAAUCAUCAAGUCUUGGAAUCAGAGUUGAAAUUUUGCUACGAGUGCAUGAAGUGGUUUCAGCUAAGUCACUGGCGAGACCACUGCUCUUUCCACAUCCAAUCAUGGGUAACUCAGCAAUGUGAGGUGAUCGUAUAUCGUCACACUGUGAUCCGCCCCGGCUACUGCCCUUUCUGUAUAUGGAACAAAGAUCUUGCCGCCGAAGACCGCUUACACUACUGGCUGACCAGUGGUAAUUUGAGACAACACAUUGAAGAGCAACAUAUGAAUGGAAAUCAAAGUCAUGGAGAGAAGUCAAUAUGCGGAUGUGGCGAAAAUUUUGACGAAGAACGUGGCCUCCGACACCAUUUGCAUGAAAUUCACAAGCUAAACAAAGCCAUAUGGCUAAGUCCAAAGCGCCAGAGGAAGAGAAAGAAUACCUACAAAGCGGAAUCGCGAAAAUCAUCAGAAGAGCCAGAGGAGCGAUGCUCCAAAAGAGUUCGAUUCUACCGCUAUCCGACUCCACGUCACGAACAUGAGUAUCAACUUUCAAACACCAUUUUCAUUCCAAGCAAUAAGGCAACUCAAAGCAGCGGAAGUAGCACAGGUAGUCCCUGCUCUUCUGCAACAAUUUCUCCGCUCAGCUCGCGACCAACAACGCCUGGUUUGGAUGUGAUUGAUCCAAGAAUCCUCACCCCAUUGGAGUUCUACCAAGCCCGGAGUCCUCAGCUUUAUAGCCAAGAUUACUCGGAGACGGAUGUGCUUGCAAUACCCCCAGAGGGGCAAGAUAUCAAAUCCCAAACCCUCAGCGUCGGAGCCCAUACAGGGGCUCCUAUUCGAAUUGCUGCUGAUCAAUCCACUGCCGGUUUUGAGACCAUUGGUUCUUGCUCUCUCAAGCCAGUCGAUAAGAACACAAAUGAUGGAUACAAAGAUCGUGGUGGUGUUACCAACCAGCUACAGUUAUCUAGCCAAUCAUCAAUCGAGACCAACGCCAUAGAGAAGGCCACAGAAGUGAAUUCUAUGGAUUUGCACAUUCUGGGGGUGCCUACUACUGGCUUUACCGCAAGUGAAGCAAACGAGGAGAAGAAACACUCACGGGAUGCGCAGCCUGAUUCCAACUCAGGCAACCGCAUAUGCUCUGAUGCUGAGAUCGAGUCAGAAAGCCAUUACCCCGCCCAUCAAGGACUCGUUGACCGGGUCACAUCUCUUCCUCUUCGUACGGACUCGAACACUAAACUUAAGAAACCUCUUACCCGAGCCCAGGCCAGAAGACAACAACCUAUGCAACAGUCUUCAAACCAUUCGACAGAGAAAACGCUUCGACAGAAGCUUAAUGCAACGGAGAAACGGAAGCUCCGUGAGCUCAAGAGCAAAAACUGGACUCUGAGACAAAUUGGGCCUCAUUUUGCCGAUAUAGAUAUGACCUGGUUAAGGCAAGCUUGGAUGGAUAUCAAACCCCCUCAGCGAUGCACUCGGUCACGGGCAAUUCAGAUAGCUUAG